AUGCAAAGGGGUUUGCAUUGGAGUGAACCGCGUCUGGAGAGCGAGGGAUGGCUUUCAAAGCUUUUGAUGGUGAGGAAGAUUGAUCCGGGAAGAGAGUCACACUCACGGCUACUGUCGGACACUGAGAUUGUCUAUGAAAUGCAAAAUCUCUUAAGGACACAUGACGUGAAACCCAAGAGUAGUGAACUUUAUUUAAACAAUUACGAGAAGUGGACCAAUGAAUUGCAGUCCAAGAACUCGAACGCAGAACUGGUCGGCAGUUGGAAAGUAGAGAUCGGAGAUCAGGACCAACACAUCCACGUUUGGCGCUAUAAGGGAUGGCGUUUGGCCUCAGAAGUGGGCAAUUUUGUGCGCAAAGACUCGGGCCUUCUGGCGCUCAACAAAGAGAUUGUACCGCAUCUGCGAAGUCGUGACAAUCAAUUUAUGUUAUCGUUCAGCUUCUGGGGUCACCCGACGCCUCAGACCAACGAUAGUAUGUAUGAAAUGAGAUCUUAUGUUCUGAAGCCGGGAACAAUGAUAGAGUGGGGCAACAACUGGGCGCGAGGGGUCACUUACCGUAAGGACGACGCUGUGGCCGGUUUUUUCUCACAAAUCGGACAGUUAUAUGUCGUUCACCACAUUUGG